AAACAGACCUCACGUAGAGUGACCCAGCAAGUGAUAGAUAAAUUUGAGCACCAAGAAGACCUCGCCACGAUGAGGUCUCUCGGCUGCACUUCGCUGUGCUUUCACCUGGCCUUGCUUCUCCUCCUUGCCAUGGUCACGGCGGAUGAUCCUAGCCUCGCCGAUGGAGGGAGGCUCAUCGACCCCAAGCCUUCCCCGAAACCCACUCCAAAACCGAUGCCCCAACCCAACCCUAAAAUGCCGCACCCGAACCCGAACCCAAACCCAAAGCCCAUGACUCGUGCAAAGCCGGAACCCAACCCAAUUCCGGACCCAGAUGCCAAGCCACAACCAAAGCCAAUGCCUCAACCGGACCCAAAGCCAACUCCUGAAAAGCCAAAUCCUAAACCUCAGCCAGGGUCAUUGCCGGUGUAUUCACUAGACGACAUUGGUUCCGACAGGACGAACCCAAAGCCCGACCCGCAGCCCAACCCUAGGACAAACCCAGCAAAGCCGGACCCAGAAGUCAAGCCACAACCUCAGCCAAAACCCCAGCCAAACCCAAAACCCACUCCUGCAAAGCCGGAGCCUAAACCACGGCCAGGACCAUCCAAGCCGCAGCCAAACCCCAACCCCCAGCCAGGACCGUCCAAGCCUAAGCCACCGGUGUACGCACGUCGCGCUGCCUCCGGCAAGCCCCUCAACUGAGCUAGCGGGCUGGCUCGUGGAACAUGGAUUGGAUGAUCAAGCAAUCUGUCACGUAUACCGACAGGCUUAUAACUAAGGUAUCCAUCCAUGGAAUAAGCAGCAGUGUGGUUGUUAGUCCUGUGAGUUGUAAAGCGGUACUGCUUAUGUACGCGUUCGUGUGUUGCAUGCGUACCUAUGUACGUAGGCGAUCUGAGUGUGCUUGAAUAUGAGUGUUUACUAUUCCUAAACAUGUGUGUUCGACUAGCUUUGUGUAUCCAUGAUCAAUAAUGAGUCAAUCUACA